ACACUUGAAUCAAAUUGAAUCAAAAUAUUGUGUUUAAUAAAGGGUGGCGAAUUCUUUUAACAUUGCGACGUACGCGAGAUAUCCGUUGACAAUGGGUAAUUUGGCUGGAUGGAGGGUAAGGGGAAAAAUCGCGCGUGUGCAUGUGCGAUGUCGACGGCUGUCAGUGAGGCCUAAUGAGUUCAUAAAUUGGACCAAGCUAUAGGACCUUCUAUCUGAGAAUUGCACUGUUGGCUCUCUUGUCUCGUCAGUGUGACUCACUUGCUUCAUGCGUGAGUUUUCUCUCGCAAUUCUUCAAUUUUUAAGAUUUCCUUUUCAUUUGCCGCGCUUUCUACGCGUAUCCGGUGUGUUUUCAACACCCAGUUUCUCUAAUCUGAUAAGAUUAGAGAAAGAUGGAUAGAAGCUUUUAGCUGGAUUUGUGCUGCGAUUUUCAGAAGAAAAAGAGCAACGGAGUUCUAUAAGUUCAUUGCGUCACAAAGAGAUUGGAUCAACAAGAAGCAAGAUUAGACAUGGUGAAGCGACACAAUCGACUGUCACUAAAUUUUUUUUUCUCAGAAAAUAUAGGACUGUCUAUUUAACAUGCAAAGAAGUGGAAGGUCAUAAAGCGUUAAUGCAUUGCGAAAAAAUAUCGACCAGCUACACGAAUACAAGUGCAUAAUCCGUGAAAUCGACGCGAUCAAGCGAAGAGCGCAAAAAUGGCGAACCAAAUCGCGAAGAAGGAACUUCUAGACGAGACUCUACAUCAUCAUCCAGAAGGUAGCGAAGAGGAAGUGGAUAAAGAAUGGGAAGAAUUUACAAGAUUAAUGGCGAAAUUGAAGGGAAACCGCCGAAAUCGACUUCGCAGACCGUCGCAAGCGUUCUACCCAUGUCCUCCGCCAAAUGCGGACGAGGAACAGCAAGAGUUCGAUCCUUUCGACUAUAUUAAUACGAUUAUGUAUGGUCGCUAUACGAAGGAUCUGGGUGAGUACGCGAAGGAAGAGGCACGCAGACUCAAGUAUCAUGAUAAAGCGAGACGAAAGUACGACAAGACGAGGGCCGAGGAUCUGCGAAAGUCUCGACGGGGUCCUCUGUGCCGGAAAUUGUUAGCUCUUUUGGCCUUCGCUUGGAAACACACCGGUGCACGACUCGGCGAAGAUUGGGUCUUUCUAGCUCUCCUUGGGAUUAUUAUGGCUCUCAUUAGCUAUGCCAUGGACCGUGGAAUCUCCAUGUGCAAUAACGCCAGGAUAUGGCUCUAUCAGGAUCUUACGACGCAUCCAGCUCUCAGGUAUUUGGCCUGGGUGUCCAUGCCCGUGUGCCUUAUUCUCUUCAGUGCUGGUUUCGUACACAUUGUCGCGCCGCAAAGUAUUGGCUCUGGGAUUCCGGAGAUGAAAACUAUUCUACGCGGAGUAGCGUUGAAGGAGUACCUGACCUUUCGUACCUUGAUCGCUAAGGUUAUCGGCUUAACGGCGACCUUGGGAUCGGGGCUACCGCUUGGCAAGGAGGGUCCAUUUGUACACAUCGCCAGCAUCGUCGCGACGCUACUCUCCAAGUUGGUCACGAGCUUUCAGGGUAUCUACGAAAACGAAAGCAGGAACUGCGAGAUGCUAGCCGCAGCCUGCGCUGUAGGAGUCGCCUCCUGCUUUGCGGCGCCGAUCGGUGGUGUACUCUUCAGCAUCGAGGUCACCACGGUGUACUUUGCGGUGAGGAACUACUGGCGCGGUUUCUUCGCCGCGGUUUGCGGCGCCACGAUGUUUCGUCUGCUGGCGAUCUGGUUCCAGCGCGAGGAGACCAUCACGGCAAUGUUCGCCACCAACUUCACCAUGGACUUUCCCUUCGAUCCGCAGGAGCUCUUCGUCUUCGCUCUGAUUGGCGUCGGCAGCGGACUGCUAGGCGCCUUCUAUGUUUGGCUGCACAGACAAUACGUCAUCUUCAUGCGAAAGAACAAAAGCAUGAACAGCUUUCUACAGAAGAAUCGCUUUUUGUAUCCGGGUAUCGUAUCUCUUCUGGUCUCAUCUGUAUCAUUUCCGCUGGGGCUCGGUCAAUUUAUGGCCGGCGAUCAAAAUACACACGAUCAGGUUUACGGACUCUUUACUAAUUUCACUUGGACUCAGGAAAAUCUCGGCGUCGAAGAAAUGAAUGUCGUGAAACAUUGGGCAACGCCGUACACUGAUGUUUUCAGCGGACUUCUCAGUUUUGUUUUAGUUACCUUCAUCUUUUCUAUCAUAAGUUCAACGGUGCCGGUACCAUCUGGAAUCUUUAUCCCCGUAUUUAAGAUCGGUGCUGCACUAGGUAGAGCAGUAGGUGAAGCAAUGGCGCUCUGGUUUCCCACUGGUGUGCGUUAUGGCGGAAUAAUUACACCCAUUAUACCAGGUGGUUACGCUACAGUGGGUGCAGCUGCGUUUUCUGGCGCAGUGACACAUACAAUAUCCGUCAGUGUCAUCAUCUUUGAGAUGACCGGUCAGAUCACUCACAUUGUGCCUAUAAUGAUAGCGGUGCUGAUUAGCAAUGCGAUUGCCGCGCUCCUACAGCCAAGUAUAUAUGACAGCAUCAUUCUUAUCAAGAAGUUGCCUUACUUGCCUGAUUUGUUGCCAUCCAGUUCAGGAAUGUAUAAUAUCUAUGUGGAGGAUUUUAUGGUUCGUGACGUGAAAUACAUAUGGCACGGCAUCAGUUAUCAAGAAUUGAAGAAUAUACUAAAGGAAAAUCGCAAGCUUCGCGGGUUUCCGUUAGUGGAUAAUCCGGACUCCAUGAUACUGCUUGGAUCGAUUCAGAGAUUACAGUUAAUCAAACUCAUUGAGAAACAUAUCGGUCGUGAGAGGAGGUUGCAGGUUGCACAAAAAUGGCAUAAAGAGGCAGAGGAAAGGGCGCGGGAAGAAAUGGAACGGCAACUGCGGGAACAAGAGAGAACGAGAAGGCCUUCCAGAUUCGAGGUCAUUCCGGCACCAGACAUUCUCAAGAUGCAGCGGCAGAGUGUUAAUGAUCUAACGAUGUCAUCAAACAACGGUGGCGGUCCUGAUCAUAAUACAUAUCAUUCACCGAUAUUUGGUUCGCAACCGAAGAAGUCAAUCUUGAAGAAGACGAAUUCUUUCACUUUAAAAGGAUUCAGUCCGUUGGUCAGUCCGGCUGUAACACCCUAUACGACUGUUACAGGCGCGGAAAGCAGGAUACGUUUGGCAUUCGAGGCGAUCUUCCGUAAAUCUGCCACGUUGCAGGAUGUGGAUCCCGAUCCGGAGAUGGGCAGCGGUACCAGGCGCAGCGAUAGCCAGGAAGUUAUCAGUGUACCGCCACAUACACCCAUGUUGGCUCCAAGCCCCGCAACAUCGAAGAAAGUACAAUUGCCUCGAGAAAGGGUCAUAGACAUGUCGCCCGAGGAUCAAAAACGAUGGGAGGAAAGUGAAAUGGCACUAGAGGUGGAUUUCUCAAGGUGUCACAUUGAUCCGGCUCCCUUUCAGUUAGUUGAGAGAACGUCUUUGCUGAAAGUUCAUAGUCUCUUCAGCAUGGUCGGCGUGAAUCAUGCUUACGUAACGGCUAUUGGCAGAUUGAUCGGCGUCGUCGCAUUGAAGGAGCUGAGAAAGUCUAUUGAAGACGCGAACGCCGGGAUUCUACCAAUGCAUCCUGAGUCGCAUAUUGCCGAAUCGAUCUCUAGCCUGGCAAAGAGUGAAACGGAUACAGAGAGUAAUAAGAACAUCAAUGCGAUGAAUUCCAUAGGGUCCGUAGACUGCGAGAAAGUGGAUAAAGUUUAAAAGAGCCGAACCGAGAUAAGUGAAAACUUUGUGAUAGCCACAUCGUUUCACGAUGUGGCCUGAAUAAUGCGAGAACUGUCUUAUUAAUCCUUAUUCUUUUCUUGUCGUGAUUAUUCGUACGAUUAAAGCAAUGGACCUAAAGUUAUACCCCUAUAACGAUAUUAAAUUUUAAAUACUUCUCUCUCGUACUUAAAUCUAAAGUGAACAAAAUAUCGAGAAAGUUCAAGAAAAGAUGCGAAUGUACGAAAUAGUAUUAAAUAGGAGACAAAUCUGAAAAUUUUAUUUAAUUCUAACAUAAUAUCAAAUGAUAAUGACUAACUGACAUGAUUGCAGGGCAUUGUUCACGUUCGUAAUUGUAAAUUAUUUUUAUUGAAUAAAUUCAAAAUUCGGUUUCUUGAUAAACGAUUUACAUAGAAAGAAAUAUUAUGGAGAGAGAACUUUUAUUUUUCCGUUAUAUUUAAUUAAGUAAUUGUAAGAUAAUAUACGCGCAUACAUAUAUAUAUAUUCAAAUAUGACAUAUAAGAAUUCAGAAAAUCAAUCACUCCAUUGAAAUGCGAUAAUAAUGUUCGAAAUAUUUGUCAAAUUGUAAUCAACACAACAAAUGAAUCGCGCCUUUUGUUAAACACCAAUUAUAACGAGUCAAAUCUUAAUUGAAGAUUCAAGCUAAGAAUAUAUGUUUAGGAAUAUGCUGUGAAUCACAAAUCUACUGUUAUGUAAGGCAAGUUUCUUUUUUUUUUCAAAUGCAAGAGUCUCGGCCGAGCGAAAGUGAUUCAAAGUGCCAAAUGCAGCGCAACACUGCACUUUCUUCCGGGACAUGAAAUGCAUAAUUUAUAUUGCGAACCAAUGUUAAUUUUACUUGUAAGAUUAUUCAGGAAUUUUAUGCCAAUGCUCCCUUAGCUAGAAAUUUUUUGACCAUGGUUGUGCCAGACUAUUAUUUAUUAAUAUAAUUGUUAAUUAAUGUUAUUUAAGAUAAAAUCAUUGAGUUAUAGAUCAAACUUGGUGAGGAAAAACAACACAAUUCUCUUUCAUUUACGCGAUACUUACGUAACAUAACAAUCGAGAAGAAUGUUUUAACUACCUAUUGGAUUUAUUCUAAGAGUAAUUUUUUAACUUGCAUUUAUUCUUGUAGAAUACAAUUAUUCAACUUGCGGAAAUCAAGCGCGUGAAUUUUCUUAUUAAAAAUCCAAUUAGCAUGUGAAAAUUUGUAGAAUAUAAUCCUACAAAUUUUCAAGGAAUUUUAAGAUUAUAUUCUAAAGUAUUUCAGGUUUCAGCAUUUCAUGUAUAUCAGAAUGAAUAUUUUUCUCAUAAUUCGUUAUUAGACAAUUAGAACAUUAGAGCAUUAGAUAAAUAUUAUGUAUGUUGCAAAGUUAUCAUUUUAGUAAUUUUGCAUAACAGAGACAACGUGUCAUGUUUUAUCGAUAUUUCUUACUAUUAUAAUUAGAUUCGAUUUUGGCGAUAUUUAAUGCAUAUUUUACAUUCCAUUGAACAAAUUUUUCACUUCAUUAGAUUGUACAUUAUGUCGCAUCGUCGCGUUAUACGCGAUGACACUGUUUUUCGUUGUAAAUACAUUAUAUACAUCACGAAAAAACAUUAAAUAAUUUAUUA